UCUAAUGCUUGCUUCCAGGAGCGAAGUGCCAAGUUCGUCUCUCCCCAGUCCUGUUAAGCAAUAUUGAAGUCUCAAGCAGCACCGGAGUAAUCUGGAUUCAUGGAAGCGGAAGAAGAUCAGUCAGGAUUGAUGGUCGAUGAGAUCUACGAGAACGGAUGCUCCGUCUCCGAAGACGGCUCCAUACGCCAACGGCUGAUCAUUAGCGGCGAGCAGCUUGAUGUUGAGGCAUACGCUUCCCUGUACAGCGGUCGCACGAAGAUUAUGCGCCUGCUUUUCGUCGCUGACCGGUGCAACAAUGCAACGAUGCAGUUGGAGGCUCUAAGGAUGGCCUAUGAAGAGAUUAAGAAGGGCGAGAAUACCCAGUUGUUCAAGGAGGUUGUCCAGAAGAUUGAUGGGCGUUUGGGGUCUAAUUACGAGACGGAUUCUGCGUGGGUGCAUACAGUAGACCACAGAGCGGAGUUGAGAAAGGAUAGGCUCGAGAAUGAGCUGAAUGCUUAUAGGACUAAUUUGAUCAAAGAGAGCAUUAGGAUGGGAUACAAUGACUUAGGAGAUUUCUAUUAUGCUCACGGGCAACUUGGUGACGCUUUGAAGAAUUAUGUCAGGACACGUGAUUAUUGCACGACAUCAAAGCAUAUUAUUCACAUGUGUUUAAAUGCCAUUCUGGUUAGCAUUGAGAUGGGCCAAUUCUCUCACGUUUUAAGCUAUGUCACCAAAGCGGAGCAAGGUCAUGAUGCUUCCUUAGAUGAAAUUACAGCUGCUAAACUUUGUUGUGCUGCUGGAUUGGCUCACUUAGAGACAAAGAAGUAUAAGCUUGCUGCUCGUAAGUUUCUGGAAGUGGGUCAAGAAUUACUGAGUAACUACAAUGAAGUAAUUGCACCUCAAGAUGUUGCAACAUAUGGUGCGCUUUGUGCACUUGCAAGUUUUGAUCGCGCAGAAUUGAAGAGCAAAGUCAUAGACAAUGUUAUCUUCAGGAAUUUCCUAGAGUUAGUACCUGAGAUUCGAGAACUUAUCAAUGAUUUCUACACAAGUCGCUAUGCUUCGUGUCUUGGAUAUUUAGAAAACCUGAAAACAAACUUAAUGCUUGACAUCCAUUUGCAUGACCAUGUCGAGACGCUGUACAACCAAAUCCGUAACAAAGCUCUCAUCCAGUACACGCAUCCCUUUGUUUCUGUUGAUCUGCACAUGAUGGCCAAUGCUUUCAAGACCACUGUGUCUGGGUUGGAGAAGGAGCUUGAAGCUUUAAUUACCCACAAUGAAAUACAGGCUCGGAUUGAUUCACAUAAUAAGAUUUUAUAUGCAAGGCAUGCUGAUAUGAGAAAUGCAACCUUCCAGAGGGUGCUGCAGACGGGUAAGGAAUUCGAUCGAGAUGUUAAAGCUUUACUUUUGAGAGCGAGCCUUCUGAAGCACGACUACAACAACCGAUCAUCAUCAAGGAAACACUCUAGCGGCAUCUGAUGAUUAGGGAUUGAAAAAGAAAAAAUGCUUAAAUUUAUUCUUGAAGUUUUCUUUCUUUCUUUGUGGGUUGUUUGACCUCAAGGAUGGAUGGUUUUUGCGGUGGGCACACAAUUUUCCAAUUGACUAGUAGAAGUGUACAACACAUUGGCCUCUUAAGUCUAUAUUGUUGUGUUUUUAUAUUAUCCUCCAAUCUCUGUCAAUAACUCUAUAUCACUGGAAUGAGGGCCGUUUUGAAUUUUUUGGAUGCGCAAUUAUUACGUAUAGUCAUGUUUCAAAAUAUGAUUAUAUUAUGGAUGUAUUUUCACAAAACAAA